UCGUCACAGCUGCUUGUUAUUUUUUUUUUUCUCCUAUGUCAUGUCCUGGUCGAAAUCAUCAUCAUCAUCAUCAUUCUCUUGAGUAUCAGAGAGACUAGCCAGACUUUAUAGCAGUGUUGUGUGUGCAGUGUGCUCGUGCUUUCUCUCUCGUCACCUUCUCCUCUCUCGUGAUAUGUUUUAUAUAUUCUUUAAUAAAAUUCACCUCUUGUAUAGUUGUAUAUAUACAUCAUACAAAAUGCAGCAGUCAGAAAUUGUGGUUUUUUAAAUUUUUUUCGCGAGUGAUUUUAAUAACUAUACAGCAAUUAUGACAGAUUUGUGAUAUAUAUCAGUCAAUUGGCAAAUCAAGUGUAUCUCAUCGUGAUCUCAUUAUAAAUCGUGUUUGUGUUUUUUAUUUAUACAUAUAAUUAUGUUUAUAUAUAUACACUUAUACUUGAUUAAGUAUACUUUUACAUAUUCACAGUUAAUAAGGUGAGAGAGAGAAAGAGAGAGUAUACAUGGACUGUGUGCUUCAUUAGUGACAUAUUUUUUUGUCUCUUAAUUAAAGUGCAUUUCUUAUAAAAAUUGAGAAAUUAUAAAUCCCUCUCUUGCUGUUUUUUUUUUUCUUCUUUGUUUUGCUUCCUUUUUAUUACUUUUAUUUCUCAACCCCUUUUCCCCUUUCCUGCCUCUUAUUCUGUUCUCCACUGGUCCUCUUAACAAGUAGCGAGAGGGAAUGCACAUAAAAGAGAAGACAAGUGACAUGAUGGAAGACGCCAUGUCUGAGGAUACAAUAAUGGAUUGUGAAGGUGAUAGCAGUGGCUCAGAUGAUCUCGUUGACCGUGAGACUGAUAUUUCCAAUGUAGCCUUAACAAUUCAUGGUGUAGCUGAAAGAUUAUUAAAUCUUUUGGGUGUAGAAAAUUCUGAUGAUGAUGAUGAUAAUGAUGACUUACUGAGUUCAUCUGAGGAUGAAGGAGUUGAUCUAGAUGAUGAUAACAAUGAAGAUGAUUUAAAUAAUUCAAUAAACACAAAACUAUUGCAUCAAUUAGCAUCAUCACUUACCCAAGAAUUAAAACUUUCUCAACAAAAAAAUUCAUCAUCCUGUAAUACUGAAUAUUCAUCACAAAAUUUACAAGACAAUGAAAAUCAAAAUAUGGAAUUAAGCCAUGAAGUUAAUAAUCAAAAUCAAAAUUCAGAUAUUAAAUUUGAUAACAAUUAUUAUUGUUCUGGACUUGAUGAUAUUAAAGACAAUCAAAUAUCUGAAUAUAAUAAUUUUGUAUCAAAUAAACGUUGUCGUUAUGAGCAAAAUUAUCGUACAGAUGAGCCUGAAGAAAUUCCAUCAUCUUGGGAUGUUGGCUGGGAUGAGUGUACUGCUGAAGCUGUUAAAUAUCUUACAGAAGUUGAAGGACUUUCUCUACAACAUCCAAUUGUUCUAGCACUCAAAAGUCAUUUGCAAGUUCAAAGAGACAUGACAUGCGUCCAGUUUACUUAAUAAAAUAUAAAAAAAAAAAAAAGAAAAAAGACGUUCAUCGCUGGAUCGUGAACAAGAUUCUUUGAUUUCAUAUCAGCUAUAACAUAUUAACAACAUUUAUCUAGUAAUUGGCUGUCUUUUUUUUUUUUUUUUUUUGGUUUAUUUGCAUACUUUUUUUUUUAAUUAAAAUAUUAAUCAAAUUUUGUAAAUUUAACAAACAAGUGCAAAUUUUUUCGCUUCGAAAUAACAACUAUUUGAUUAUCUCGAUAUUAUAAACAUCGCAG